AUGACAUCCCCUUCCACGUUGGCGAGGAAGAGGCGCUGGAUGCCCGUUUGGCUUGGCACGACGGCGGCGAGCGGCAGUUUCCGCGCCAAUGUGCUCCAGAAGGAUCCAGCAUUAUUGACGCUGCAGCACUGCCUCGUGUGGGUGGAGAGGCCGAGCUACGAGUCUCACUACCCCUUUGGCGAGCACCACGUCUUCAAUCAGGUUUCCACGUCAUACCUUCACCCGCUCUCCGCUGUGGAACGGUGUGUGGCUGGCACACACGUCCCCUCCAUGCUGAUCUUGUGCUUUGAACUUCUCAGAAAGUUGGAGGGGAUGGCCGCCAUGCUAACGCUGGCCCCGGUUGUAGACUCCGGCAUGACGACAGCAGCCGUAAUUGCAUCGGCGGUCGCGUCCGUGUACAUUAGGCGCUACCUGCUCACCCUACGCUUCCUGAAGGAGCAGGCACGGCAAAUGGCAGAGCUCAAGACAACUGGUAUGUUGUAUUUUUUCUCUGACCAGAACGGCUAUCGCUGGACGCUGGAGGAUGAGGAGCGGGCUGAGUAUGAGUAUCGCGAGGAGCUGCGGCAGCGGGCACGCAGAAAGUAG